GUUCCGCGCCCGCAGCCGGGACCGGGAGCGGGACCGCUGCCCGUGCUCAGCCGGCCUCGCCAUGACGGCGGAGGAGAAGAGAAACCUGCAGUGCUACAGGCGGUACAUCGAGAGGAGCCUAAACCCCGUCUACAUCCUGAGCAACAUGACGGACUGGCUGUCGGACGAGAUGAAGGAGAGAGUGCGGAAGGAGGAGGAGAAGGGGGUGACGGCGGCCGCCGCGCUGUUCCUGGAUACCGUGCUGCUGCUGGAGGCGGAAGGCUGGCUCCGGGGCUUCCUGGAUGCCCUCGUUGCAGUAGGUUACACUGGACUGGCAGAAGCAAUAGAAAACUGGGACUUCAGCAAACUGGAAAAACUGGAGCUGCACAGACAGCUGUUGAAGCGGAUAGAAGCAACAAUGCUAGAAAUUGAUCCAGUAGCACUCAUGCCUUACAUAAACACAUGCCUGAUAGAGAGGGAGUGUGAUGAGAUCCUGCAGAUUAGUGAAUACAGAAGCAAAGCAGCCGGGAUAACUAAACUCAUUGAAUGUCUCUGUCGCUCGGAUAAGGAAAACUGGCCGAAAAGUCUUCAGCUGGCAUUGGAUAAGGCAGGAUAUUACAAUGCAAGUGAACUGUGGGAUUUAAGAGAAGAUAAUGGCAAGGAUGUUGAUGGUGAAAUGACAGGUGCCUCUGAGAAAUGCUUUGAAACCACGAUGACAUUUGCUGAAGAACCAGAGUGUGAUGAUAAUUUCAGUGAAAAUCUUUCUUCAGUUUCAGGAGUGGUCCAUUGGUCUUCACCUGCUUAUGAACCAAAGAAGGCUCGGAGCUACCAGAUUGAACUUGCACAGCCUGCUAUCAAUGGGAAAAACACAUUGAUAUGUGCCCCUACAGGAUCCGGAAAAACUUUUGUAUCUCUUCUGAUUUGUGAACACCAUUUGCAAAACGUGCCCUCAGGACAAAAGGCAAAAGUUGCCUUUCUUGCAACCAAAGUGCCAGUGUAUGAACAACAGAAAAAUGUAUUCAGGCAGCAUUUUGAAAGAAGUGGAUAUUCUGUUCAAGGAAUAUGUGGUGAAACAGUUGCAAAUGUCUCUGUAGAACACGUUAUACAGGACAGUGACAUCAUUGUGCUCACGCCCCAGAUUCUUGUGAAUAGCAUCGAGACUGGGAUCCUUAGCUCUCUCUCCAUCUUCACUCUGAUGAUAUUUGAUGAGUGUCACAAUACCACAGGCAACCACCCUUACAAUAUGUUAAUGACCAGAUACUUGGAACAAAAAUUUGACUCCUCUGCAAAAUCACUGCCUCAGAUUGUAGGUUUAACUGCUUCUGUUGGAGUUGGGAAUGCCAAGACCAUCAAGGAAACGAUAGAACACAUAUGUACCCUUUGCUCCUGCCUUGACAUACAGGCCAUAUCCACUGUCAGAGAGAACAAAGAGGACCUGCAGAGAUUUGUAAACAAGCCAGAAUCACAUGUCAGAUGGGUUAAAAUGAGAGCUCAGAAUCACUUUGCAGACAUUAUCUCAGGUCUGAUGUCUGAGACAGAGACGUUGAUGAGGAAGAUUUACUCAGAGGAUACUAUCUCCCAAACCAACAAGAAUUAUUUUGGAACACAGAAAUAUGAACAGUGGAUAGUUCACACUCAGAAGAAAUGCAGACUGUUGCAGGUGGCAGAUAAGGAGAAGGAGAGCAACAUUUGUAGAGACCUCUUCAUUUGUACCGAGCACUUGCGGAAAUUCAAUGACGCUCUCAUUAUCAGUGAAGAUGCACGCAUCGAAGAUGCUUUAGCCUACCUAAAGGAAUUUUUCACAAAUGUAAAAAAUGGACCAUAUACAGAGUUAGAGAAGCGACUGACGGACAAAUUUCAAGAGAAAGAACCAGAACUGACUGCCCUUUCAAAAGAUGAAUCAAAUGAGAAUCCCAAGCUGGAAGAGCUUGCUUCCAUCCUGGACGAAGCAUACCGCUAUAACCCACAAACUCGCACUAUUCUCUUUGCCAAGACAAGAGCCUUAGUAGCUGCUUUGAAGAAGUGGGUGGAAGCAAACCCUCUGCUUAGCCACAUAAAGCCAGAUGUGUUGAUGGGUCAGGGAAGAAAAGAAUAUAAAACAGGUAUGACCCUGCCAAUGCAGAAGGAGGUGCUGGAUGCAUUCAAAACUGACAAAGACAGCAGACUACUAAUUGCUACAUCUGUUGCUGAUGAAGGCAUCGACAUUUCUGAGUGCAACCUUGUUGUGCUCUAUGAAUACUUUGGUAACAUCACCAAAACGAUCCAAGUCAGAGGUCGUGGAAGGGCAAAAGACAGCAAGUGUAUCCUUGUGACAAGCAAGACAGAAGUGGUUGAGAAUGAAAAACAGAACCAUUAUAAGGAAGAAAUGAUGAAUGCAGCUAUUGAAAACCUGCAGAACUGGGAUGAAACAACAUUUGCAAGAAAGAUACGUGACCUGCAAAUGAAGGAAAAGGUAUUACGAGAUUGCAGGAAGAAAGAAACUAUAAAACAUGAAGUAGUGGAAGGGAAAAAAAAUCUUCUGUGUGGAAAAUGCAAAGCCUAUGCCUGCUGUACAGAUGACAUCAGAAUUAUAAAGGACUCUCACCACACUGUCCUAGGAGAUGCAUUCAAGGAGCGUUACAUAACAAAGCCUCACCAGAAACGACAUCAAUUUGAUGGUUUUGAGAAAAAAAGCAAGAUACAUUGCCAAAAAACUAUCUGCCAGCAUGACUGGGGGAUCACAGUGAAGUACAAGACAUUUGAUAAUCUACCAAUCAUCAAAAUCAGAAGUUUUGUGGUAGAGGACGUUGAAACUGGGACACAAAUGGAUUUUCAGAAAUGGAAAAAUAUUAAUUCUUCUUUGAAGAAUUUUGAUGAAGAAACAUCCAGCUGAACUCAUCAUUUUAAUGGAAAUAUCACCCUAGUGCACUCAGCUGAAAUAGUGAAUGAUCAUUUUUCAUGUAUAAAAAACCUUUGUUCUUUAUGCUGAUACGCUGGGCUCCUCGUCCACAUCUGGCUGGAUUAUAAAAGGCUAGUAUGGCCACUAAAAAAAAUUUGCUAUAUAAUGAAAUAUUUCACUAGAAGUUUCAUAAGAACAAUAAACAGGGGUCUUAGCAUCUACAUCCGAAUCCUUGUAGCUAUGAAGAAGCUGGUCUGCAAAAAAAUAAGAUCAAGAUGAAUGACUAACAUGAAACAUCCAACUUUAGGUGACAGGCCACAACUGCAAGAAUUUUUGUGGGAAACAGCAUCUUCUUUGUUACUACUACUGGCUGAAUUACACCUCCGUGCAGACAACAUGGCUUACACAUACUAACACUUCAGGCACUACUCUAGCUACUUUAAAAAAAUUACUUUUAAUGUUUUAUAUAUCUAUAUAUAUUCCUUCUCUCUACUCAGAUUCAAGACUUUUGUGGGAAAAAUAGAAAUUGCUACAAUUAUGAAACAUUGUUAUACUUGUACCCUUUAAAGCACCUGCUGAUUCUACACAUUUUCAAUGAGCUUAAUAUUCAGUAUUUCUGGAACCAGGAAGAAAGGUAUUUGCAGUUCACUUUAUGCAUUUGAUAGUGUAGUAAGGUAUGUACGUAGAAGAAUUAUGUGUCCAAACCACCUGAACUCCGAAAAAAACCCCCAAAACCCACCUCGAAAAGGAACAUAAUUUAAGAGUCCAAAAAUGAUUUAAACUACCUAAAUCCUAGUCAGUGAGGCCUGCAGUGUUCUGUUAAAGUGUUGUGUGGCAUUAAAAGCAAAAGAACUUUUUAAGCACUGCUUCAUGUUCCACCCCAUGCCCUUUACUGUGAAAGCUGUAUGCACUUGAACAAUGAAUAAAGAUGAUUUAUGUUUGGAUAAUGCCUUCCCUCCAAAAAUGCUAAGAAUAACAGGCUUUUGAAAAAGGCCAUUUUAACACUUUCUAAUUAAAAGUACUUGGAAAAUGACCUUAAGUCCUUAAGUAUCAGAUUGCUCUGUGGAAGGACCAUCCACUUUGGGAUUUUUGGCAUAAAAAAAUAAUUAGCCCUCAAUUUCACAGCUUACAGUAAUAACUACUGGGAAGUUACAGAAUCUGAGAAGUUUUGGUAUUUUCCUGUUCUUUGAAAACAAGAAAUUCAGACUAAGACAACUUUGCAGCUCAGCCUGAGUAAGUAAUAAAGGUUGACAGGGUAACACAUUAAAAGAAUUCAAAUUGAUAUAACAAGCCUUCCCUUCAGUACACAGUGGAGAUGAGAUGUUGGGAAGAACACCAGCACAUAAUCUGGCCUUUGAGAACAUCUGAUUUUUAAAUUUUUUUUUCAUUGAACCCAACCUUGCAUAUUUAUUACUAAGACUGUGACCAUAUUAACAACUCUCUGUUAAGAUGUUUCACAGAAUCACAGAACAACUGAGGUUGGGAGGGAUCUCUAGAGGUCACCUUGUGACCCAAGGCAGUUUGCCCUGGACAAUGGCCAGACAGUAUCUGAACACUUUCAAGGAUGGAGACAACACACACACACACCCCCCCAGGCUCUCUUGUGCAGUCUCUUCCUGUCAGUGCUUGGUUCCUCAGAGUGAAACCAUGUUUCCUAAUGUUCACAGGGAACCUCCAGUGUUUCAAUUUGUGCCCACUGCUUCUUGCUCUGUCAUUAGGCACCACUGAAAAGACCAUGGCUGCACAUUCUUUUGUGCCCUCUAUUCAGGUAUUUGUACACAAACAGUGGAGAUGUCCCUGAGCCUUCUCUUUACUGGACUCAACAAUCCUGGCUCUCUCAGCUUGGCCUCAGGAGAGAUGUUCCAGACCCUGCAACAUCUUAGUGGAGGUCUCUUGGUUGCAAUCAAGCAGGUACAGUGCAAUAUCUAUCCCCUCCUUUGGUCUCUUGACUUCUUUCAGAACUAUUUAAAUAGUUAUUUUUUAUCCAGAAACAGCUGGAGCUGACUGCACUAAAAAUACAUUAGGAUAUAACUUUGAAAGAAUUUCCCCACUAUAUUACUUGCUGCUGCAGUUGCUAUAAAUAUAGUUAAGAUGAGAAUUAGUACCAUAACCUUGUCUAUCUCCAAGUAACAGGAGAUUUGUUACCACCAUGAACAGAUUCAUGUGGUAUUGUUGAAUGGGCAGUACUGACUUCAGUGAAUGCACUGGUGUAAGUGCUGGUUGCUAACUACCAUAAAAAUUGCUGAUGAGGAUCUUGAAAUUAUGGAGAUUGUCUUCUUGAGGGCACAAAACAGAGGGAAGUACAUCACACCAGUCUUCUGUUGGGUUACAGAAGACUACCAGUAUCUGAUAGUAUUUCUAUUCAUCCUGUCUCAUGCAGGCUCUUUAAUAAAACAAAAAUGAAACAUGAGAAGUCGA